AUGCCUAAAUUUGUUCAUCUUGCUCUGCUAGGCAUAGGCUACACCGCUGUCGAUGGCAUGCCCAACGGUUUUGGACGCCGUCAAGGGUAUGGUCAGAAUAAUGGAGAAACGUGCACGACAACCCAAACCGUAACAGUCCCCGUUACCUUGGUGGACUAUACCUACACAACUAUCACCAUCUCCGCGAAUACAGGAGGCACGCCGAUUUUCCCAUCAACUGUCACCGUAUACUCUGGCUGUCCGAGCUCCUUGAGCAGCAUCCCCGGAUUGUCAUGUUCCAGCCAACCGGGCUCCAAUGCCACAUCCAGUGCUACAUCGGCCGCGUACACUUCUAGCAACCUUCCACUCUCCUCAUCUUCUCCUCCUGUUCCUUCAAGUAGUGGCACUGCCUUCCCACCAGCUGUGUCUACUACCCAGACUGGCUCCCCAAUGUUUGGAAACUCAACAGCCUAUGCUGGCACAUCGAUUUCAUCGGAAAAUAUUCCCGGAACAGGCUCGACCGCUGUGCUAACCAUCAGCAGCUCUACAGGCCUACCCAGCAGUAGCUCAUCAUUCAGUGAAACUUUGACUCUGAGUACCCGUCUUCCCAUCCCGACCAGUCUUUUUAGCCUUUCUUCGAAGCCUGCCGAGACAUUGUCUACUUUAGGUUCAUCUUCGGAAGUGACAGCUUCCUCGAGCACCAGCAGCGAAAACAGCGUGGUAUCAUCUUCCAAGUUACCGGAGUAUGGUUCGAUCAGCUCCGUUUCUACCAAUACGAUAGCCGAUGUUGAUUCUACGUCAGGAAUGACACACAUCACAGGCGCGACCAUAGGCAUCACCAGGACCUCCACAAUUGAGACGACCAUUACAGUGACCCAAGAAGUCACCGCUACUGUGGACAUCCCGGAUGAACUGGAAACUACCGUUAGUGGCAAAGACGUAGACUCUCCUUCCACCUCGGUCGUGAUUCUGACAUCCACGGGCCAUGUUACUGUGACUAUUACGCCCGGUACCGUCUCUUCUGCUAGUGUUCCAGAAUUCGACACAAGCGCAGCAGAUGCUCAUUUCACCACUACCAACUCUGUUGCCCCGUCGGUUGCUGAUGGUGCCCCGGUGAGCUACACCGAAAGUGAGGGGUCUUAUCAGCCUACUACGAGCUAUGAAGCCACUUCCUCGUCAUCACUUGAUAGCAGUAUAACAUCUGGCGAUGUCACGAGUGAGAUCGCGACAACCAAGUAUUUGACCAGCACACGAUACUCUGUAACUGUACAUUCUACAACACCAGGGAGUUCGGAGUCUACGACGGCUUCAAAUACUUCCAGCUCGAUCCCAUUGCCCUCGACCGGCACACAAUCAACCGGCUCUGUAACUGAGUCUUCCACGACCCCAGAGACUUCAGAAUCUACUACAACUCCAACAAUCUCCAGCUCCAUUCUGUUAUCCUCAGCCAGCGUGUUGCCUUCAUCAAGCGAAGGGAUUCCUUCAACUAGCCUUCCCAGCAGUAGCACGUCUUACUGGUUUAACGACGACAGCACAUCAGCUUUAUCAGCCACUUCUCUACCUGCUAGCGACACGUCAACUCCCACGGUAUCUCUGUCAUCGUUCUCAGUUACAGAUACGGCUUCACCCACAGUUACCUCUUCGUGGUUGACCGGUAUUCCCGCACCCUCCUUUACUUCGAUUUCACCAUCCACCAGCCAAGGCUCCUCAGACUCCGCCCCAGCAUUGUCAUCAUCAUACGACAGCGGAUAUAGCUUCACUCUUCCCGCCCCCUCUUUAGAGACCUCGGCAGCUUCUACUUCGUUGGCCAGCCAGAUGUCGUCUGACAUCCCUGACGGAGUUGGUUCAACUGCCGCGAUCACUGGAUCAGAAACCAUGACGAUGUCAUUCCCGACCACGCUGUCCAUAAUAUCCGUCCCAUACUCAUCCAAGGCUUCUGAUGAUGAUUUGAUUACGACCUCUUCGGCUAAGGGCAGCGAAAGCACUACUUAUGGCGCGGAGCUGAGGAAGAUUAGUGGGGGUCAGGACUUGGGUCAAAUUCAGAGAGUGUAG